CGAGAGGGCGAGGAUAAGGACUUGAGAACGGACGUGCAUCUGUCGUUGGCUAAGCAGGUGGUUGAAAGAAGGGUGUCUUUAACCGAGCACAUGCAGAGCUAGGCAUCCAAGCUAGCCAAUUGCCACCUGUUUGGUGCAGAUCCGGGACUAACAGGGGCGACGAGGGGGAGCUAGAAAAGGGAAGGGUAUGACCACCUUUGCCUUGGAAUCUGAUGCUCCAGUUCUAGGUCUCUUACCUUUAAAUAGGUAGGUAGAGGACUGCACAUUUGGCUCAGGCAGCAACAACAACAACAAAAAAAGGGGGUAAAACACCACAAACAAAAUCAUGGAUUCCCGCACCCGCAAGGGCUCGUCGACCCCGCCGGCAGCCCGCCGCGCCCUGUCCGAGUUCACGCUGCCCGACGGCCGGCGCGUGCUGGUCGGGUCGCCCGAGGACGCGGCGGCGCUGCGGUCGUGGUACGGGGCGCGCGGGGCUGCUGCUGCUACUGCUGCUGCUAGGCCCAAGCAGCAGACCAAGACGGACGAGGCGACGCAGACCACCACCACCGACGACGACAAGACCGCCACAGCAACCGCCACCCCCGCCGCCCGGGACGACGACAGUGACAACAGCAACAACAACAGCAGCAGGGUCGAGGUGGUGGUGGUGCACGGGUCCGACGAGCACCGCGAGCUGCUGGACCGGACGCGGUCGCACGCGCACGCGCGCAGGGAGGAGCUGCGGCGCCGGCACGACGGGGCCGCGGGCGAGCUGCUGGACGAGUGGGAGGGCCUGUCGGCGCAGCUGCGCGACGUGGCGGCGCAGAUGGAGCGGCUGGCGGACCACGGGGGCGGGAAGCUGAACGCGACCUUUUCCAAAUUUGGGUACGGCGCACACGUCCGCACCUACGGCGACGAGUCGGGCGGUAAAGAAGGCGAAGAACCGGCCAGCUCGGCCGCCAGCACCCUCAGCGGCGGCACCGCCGCCGCCGACUGGGGCGACCGGCGGGCGGGCGGCGCCACCAUGAAGCUGUUCCGGCGGCCCGUGGUCAAGCAGUACUUCCACCGCGGGCUGCUGUGGCGGGCCAGCGCCCUGACCGAGGUCAUGUCGUUCGAGCUCUUCCUCGACCUCGUCUACGUCGGCAUCCUGCACGUCAACGGCGAGCACCUGUCCGAGAGCCCCGACGGCGCUGAGCUGCUCCGCUUCGUCGUCACCUUUUGCAUGGGCUGGAAGAUCUGGGCCGACGUGGCGCAGAUUGUGAGCUGGUUCGACAUUGACGACGUGGCGCAGCGCGUCGAGAUCUUGUUCCUGAUGGCCUGUCUGGUGGGCAUGACGACAAACAUGAUCUCGACCUUCCACGAGGGGCACGACACGUUUGCGUACCUGGUCGGGUUCUACGUGGCCGCCCGCCUGUUCAUGGCCGCGUACCUGGUGCUGACGGCCGUGCUGGUGCCGCUGGUGCGCGCCACCAUGCUGGCGUCGGCCGUGGCCAUCGUCGUGCCCGCCGCGCUGUGGGUCGCGUCCACGGCGCUCGAGAUGCCGCGCCGCCGCCUGGGGCUCGUCUUCGUCGCCCUGGUGCUGGACCUGCUCGGCAGCGGGCUCGUCAUGCUGCUGUAUCGCUGGUCCACGGCGGCGGCAGCCAGUGGGAGGGGGAGGCUCGGCGUGCUGAGCCGUAGGGUGGCGCCGCAUUUCGAGUUUUACCCGGCUAUUAACAUUGAGCACAAGGUGGAGAGGACGAAUGCGUUUGUGUCUUUGGUCUUUGGCUACAGCGUCGUGGCCAUCCUGUUCCAGAACCAGGGAGACGGGCUCAAUGCCUUUUUCGGCAAAGCCAUACUAGGUCUGGUCCAGGCUUACAUCUUCAACUGGCUGUACUUUGACGUCGACGCCAGCAACAUCCACGUCCACGCCAUCCGCCGCUCGAGCAAGCACUACAUCAUCUGGCUCAUGGCCCACCUCCCCUUCAUCAUGAGCUACACGGUCGCCACCGCUGGCCUGUCCAAGCUCGUCGUCGCCUCCGACGUGGCCGACGCGUCGCCCAAGGACCUGACGUCCACCUACGCCCACCGCUCCGAGGCCCACGUCCCGCUCGGCAUCCGCCUCUUCUACUGCGUCGGGCUGUCCCUGUCCCUCGUCCUCAUGGGCCUCAUCUCGUACUGCCACGAGCACAAGCUGCCGCCCACCCGGCGCGUGCCCAAGCGCCUGCGGCUGGCCAACCGCGCCCUCGUGGCGGCCGCCAUCGCCGCGCUGGCCGCCGUGCCGGAGGACUCGCUCACGAGCCUGGGCCUGGUGGCCGCCACGACGGGCAUGGUGGCGUGGGUGCUGCUGGUGGAGACGUGGGGCAGGUCGUGCCCCGAGGAGACGUGGAUCGGCGAGGACGGCGGGUGCAAGCGGCGCUACCUCGCGCGCUGCAGCAGGCGGCGGCUCGAGGAGGUGGUCAGGGGCGAGGAGGAGGGGGAGGGGUAUGCGCCUGCCGCGGUGGGGAUGGGCGACGAGAAGAGGGCGGCUGCGGCUGUGUGAUUUGUGAGACGGCCGAUGCGGAUAAUCCAAUGUUGUCCAUGUGGUGCUGUGAGUUUGAAGUCCGUAAGCUAUCACGAGUAUCACGCACGCUAUAUAUAUGCUUUCAUCAAGGCAGGAAGUGAGAAAAAGAGACCCUACCUUCAAAACUGCCCAGACAGCGCCCUAUAUAGCCCCACCUCGACGCCGAAUUCUUUCUGAA